AUGCCGAAAGAAAAAAAUUCUUUGGCCAAGAAACUUAAUCAUGCAUCUUUAAAUAACCCAUCUGACUCGAACAAAAAAGAGCAACCUUCUGCUUCGAAAAAGCGAAUAGUAUCUAAAAAAAAUGAUCCAGUCGCGAUAAGAGAAAAACAUGAUAACGAUACAAACACAUCAAUGUCAAAAAUCACGACUAGCAACAAUUCUUCCACGUUAAAAACAAAAAAAUUUCGUGUGAUUGCUGGUAGUUAUGAGCGAAUCCUUUAUGGAAUUGAUGCAAAAUGGAUAAAAUCUAAUGAAGAAUCCAAAUUGCAUUUAGAGCCGAUCUUUAUUUUUCCUGCGCAUAUUGGAUGUAUUAAGACAGUAGCAGUUGGUGGUCGGUAUCUGGCAUCAGGUAGCACUGAUGAAAUAAUAAAAUUAUAUGAUCUAAAAAAGACAAAAGAGCUUGGUUCCCUGAUACAACAUCAAGGAUCGAUUACAACUAUUCAAUUCCAUAAUAGGAGUCACAUGCUUAGUGGUAGUGACGAUGGUAAUAUAUGUAUUUGGCGAACGAAGGACUGGGAAUGUCUGAAAAUAAUGAAAGGACACAAAGGACGAGUCAAUUCCUUGGCAAUACACCCGUCUGGUAAAAUUGCUUUGUCGGUUUCGAAUGAUAAAACUGUACGUUUAUGGAAUUUGAUGACUGGACGGAAAGCAAAUUCAAAUAAAAUUGGAAAAGAAGGUGAAAUAGUAGUUUGGAAUACGACCGGUGAACAUUAUGCGAUUUUAAUGAAUAAUGAAAUUGACAUAUACAGUGUUAAACAGAAUGCUCAAGUCGUUCAUAAAUUUCAACAGCAAUCUCGGUAUAUUUGCAUGAAAUUUUACGAACAUCGAGAAUUAGGCGAAUUACUGAUAACUGGUAGUGAGGAUAAGGCGAUAAAUGUCUACGACAUUAACAGCAAUAAAUGUUUGGUGACUUUGAUCGGUCACAAAAAUAGAGUCAAAGCUAUCGAUAUCAUUCACUCUAUUCCAGACGAAAAAUCUAUAUCGCCAUUAACUAUUUUGGCAUCUGCUUCAUCAGAUGGUGCAAUCAAUGUGUGGAAUUUAAGUGAAGCGUUAGAAUUUUCGAAAAAUAAUAAUCAUGAUAUUCAAAACAAUCAAUCCGAUAAUAACCCAAUAGCGUUCACGAAAACAUUAGCCUCGUAUGACACUAAAAGUCGUUUAACGUGUCUUGUAUUUUCAGGAGGAUUUAGUGAUGUGGAGGAGGAUGAUAUUGGCGAAGACGACAACAAUGAUAUUGGCAUGGUCGAUGAAGAUAGCGAGUAA